CCCCUGCCUCUGGCCGGUGCUGCCCCCUAUCUCCUUUGCGGGACGGCCUGGCCCGCCCGGUGUGCGGGUGAGCGGAUGCGGUGCCUCCCGACUCCUCUCAGCGGCACUGGCGACUGCCCUUCUGCCUGUCGGCUGUGUGCUCCCCUUAUUCUGGGUCUCCCCUUCUCCCUGGGCGGCCUCCAACCCAGCCUUUGCACACCGCCCCCUGGUCCCGGGCCUGGCCUGGGAGGAAACAUCUGUCGCGCCCCCUGGCAGCAGAAACGGGGUCAUGACCUCCAGAUGUGCUGGGCAGUAUCCAGCGCCUCCUCCUGGGGCAGCCAGGCCUUCCGGAUCUGUGGGAGCGGGCCGGCCCCCUCCUCCCCAGUGACACAGGCCGUGAGGAAUGUCCCGGCCUCAAUGGACCUUGUGUGAAGCUGCCGGGUGGGGGGCAGAGCCCAAGAACAUCCCCCAAGGCAGGCCAGAGCCCGGCACUGGGCCAGAGCAAGAGGCAGCCCAUGGGCUGUGCACGCACAGAUACACAGAGCUCAACCCACACGGAGCAGGGGUCUGCGCAGACCCCUUCCCUCAUGUCCCCUGUCACCCCCAUCACACACACUUCACCCACACCACAGCCAAGGCCCUGGAGCUUGGCACAUGGAGCCAGGGCCUGCAUCUGACACCACACACUUAACACAAGGCCAGCUUCGCUCGCUUCACCUUCCUUUCGGUCUUCCAGCAGUGUUGGGAGGGGACAGGGAUAGUUAACCCCAUUUUAGAGGUGAAAGAACAGAGACUCAGGGUCAGUGUCACGAACUUGUCCCAGGAGAAGCCAAGGGAGGAGGCACUCUGAGCCUUACUGGGUCCUGGAGCUUUAGCUGAGGGGUGCAGAGCCUCUGCUCCCAUCCCCUCCUAGCCCAGCCCUACACAGUGUCACCGGAUGAUGCACAAAGACUCAUCAGCAGGUGCCUGCACCCCUAGUGGGUCACCCACAUCCCUGUCCCAGCCACCCACUCCAUCCUGGGUUCACCUGAGGGUGACUCCCCCUCACGUUCUCAUACCACCCUUUGCACCUGCCCCUGGUCUCGACACAUUUUUCACACUUAAGCUGGUCCCUGGGGCCUUGGGUGUCUCACUCUUACAUCCUGUGAGACCUCGAGCCUUAGCCCAACCCCCCACCUGCCCCACACCUACUCACACAGUGUUAGGAGUGGGGAGGUACAGCACUGUUUAGGCCCUGGAGAUUGGCAGGCCCAGGUUCAAAUCCUAGCUGAUAUGGAAUUGCUUCAGUCAAGAGCAUCCCCUUAUCUGGACCUCAGUUUGUUUGUCAUAUGGGGUUCAGAUUCUCCUCUCAGCAUCAGUGGGGCCAGGUAGGCGGAAGUCCCCAUGGGUCCCAGUUCCAGCAAAGGGGCCUGGUCAGCAUGACUCCCUCCCGUACCCCCAGGUAUGGCUACAGAGGCCUGCAAGAGGGUGAGCCCAGGCCUGUCCUUCAGGUUAGGUUGACUUAGGUCCCAUGACUGAGCUAAUGUGAUCCCAGCACCUUCCUCAGGAUGUGGGGCCGGGCCCCAGAGUUGGGGCCACUUCCCGUGCUGAAGGAAGUGCUCUUGCUGUUCCUGCUGCCCCGCCAGUGCCCCCUGGGAACCCCUGUGUCCUUGAGGUACUGAGGCCGUGAGGGCCAGGGCAUUGAGACCCAGCCUCUGGGUGCUCAGCUCCUCUGGGAUCCUGGAGGAAGUGGGAGGAGCAGGGAGGAAGGUCUCUGGGGACAGGACGUCCUCCCUUUGUCAAGUGGACAGGACCCAGACACCAGUAGCCCCAUGGGUUUUCCGUCGGAGCGGAGACAAAUCAUCUCUCCGGUUGGGCCAGGUCUUGGUGGGGACUCUCACUCUGGGCCCAGACCAAAGCCAAGGUGUGUGAGUGGGGACUGGGGAGCCCUGGCAGUCCCAGGGCCGCCCAGGCUCCAAGACCCUCAGGGCCAAGGCCCCGACAGCCCUGCCCAGCACUAAGCUGGAGGAGGGGGCUGGAAACUUCAGCCCCAGGCAGACGAGGAAGUGGCCAGGAAAGCGGAAGCGGCUUUGAUGGUCGUGGAGGGGGCCGGAAGUCAACCCGCAUGGUGGACCAGGCUGGGGGCCCGGGUUCCUGUUUUCUCCCCAGGCUCCUCUGAGCAGACCCCUCCUCCCUCAGGGCAGGAACCGGCCUGCCGGCUGGGCACCAACCACCCGUGCCUGCCAAUGCGGCCCGGCACCCGGAGAGCCAAGUCCCCAGGUCCGAGGCACGCCCAUGUGGGCCGGCGGCGUGGGGAGUCCUCGGCGGGGCCCAGCCCCUGAGCCCACCGAUGACCUCUUCGCCCGCAAGCUGCGCCAGCCGGCGCGGCCCCCGCUGACGCCACACACCUUCGAGCCCAGGCCAGCCCGCGGCCCGCUCCUGCGCAGCGGCAGCGAUGCGGGCGAGGCCCGGCCCCCGACACCGGCCAGCCCUCGCGCCCGCGCCCACAGCCACGAGGAGACCGGCCGCCCCCCCGCGCCCCCCGCCCGCUUCUUCUCCGACCCGCUGGCGCUGCUGGGGCUGCCGGUCGAGGAGCCGGAGCCCGAGUUCCCGCCCGUGCCCGAGCCCCGCUGGUUCGCCCACUAUGACGUGCAGAGCCUGCUCUUUGACUGGGCUCCGAGGCCCCGGGGGACAGGGGGCCACGCAGAGGCGGGCUCUGGGACCCCCGCCUCGUCUCAGGACCAGACUGCCCGCUCCGACCUGCUGCUUGAGGCGCCUGGCUUCGUGAGUGAGCUCGGGGGUGAGGGCGAGCUGGGACUGGGUGGACUGGUGUCUCCACCUGUGCCCCCCUCACUGCCCAACGCGGCCGUGUCCGUCCUGGAGGAACCACAGAACCGAACCUCGGCCUACAGCCUGGAGCAUGCAGACCUGGGCGCUGGCUACUACCGCAAGUACUUCUACGGCAAAGAACACCAGAACUUCUUCGGACUGGACGAGGUGCUGGGCCCGGUGGCAGUGAGCCUGCGGCGGGAGGAGAAGGAGAGCAGCGGAGGGGGCACUCUGCACAGCUACCGCAUCAUCGUGCGGACCACGCAGCUCCGGACCCUCCGUGGCACCAUCUCGGAGGACGCGCUGCCGCCAGGGCCCCCGAGAGGCCUGUCCCCAAGGAAGCUUCUAGAGCACGUGGCAUCGCGGCUGAGCCCGACCUGCCUGCGCCUGGGCUCAGCUUCACCGAAGGUGCCCCGCACGCUGCUUACGCUGGACGAGCAAGUGCUGAGCUUCCAGCGCAAGGUGGGCAUCCUGUACUGCCGGGCGGGCCAGGGCUCGGAGGAGGAGAUGUACAACAACCAGGACGCAGGACCCUCCUUCAUGCAGUUCCUCACCCUGCUGGGUGACGUGGUGCGGCUCAAAGGCUUUGAGAGCUACAGGGCCCAGCUGGACACCAAAACGGAUUCCACGGGCACGCACUCCCUCUACACCACGUACCAGGACCAUGAGAUCAUGUUCCACGUGUCCACGAUGCUGCCUUACACCCCCAAUAACCAGCAGCAGCUCCUGCGGAAGCGCCACAUUGGCAACAACAUUGUGACCAUCGUGUUCCAGGAACCCGGCAGCAAGCCCUUCUGCCCCACCACCAUACGCUCGCACUUCCAGCACGUAUUCCUAGUCGUGCGGGCCCACGCGCCCUGCACUCCGCACACCUCCUACAGGGUGGCUGUGAGCCGCACCCAGGACACCCCGGCCUUUGGGCCAGCUCUGCCCCCUGGCGGAGGUCCCUUUGCGGCCAACGCCGACUUCCGGGCCCUCCUGUUGGCCAAGGCGCUCAAUGGCGAGCAGGCGGCGGGCCACGCACGCCAGUUCCACGCCAUGGCCACGCGCACGCGCCAGCAGUAUCUGCAGGACCUGGCCACCAACGAGGUGACCACCACGUCGCUGGACUCGGCUUCCCGUUUCGGCCUGCCUUCCCUGGGUGGGAGGCGGCGGGCGUCCCCCCGGGGCCCGGGCGCUGAGCUGCAGGCGGCAGGGGCGCUGGUGUGGGGCGUACGCGCGGCGCCCGGGGCGCGGGGCGCGACCGGAGCCGAGGAGGGCGGCCCUGACGGCGCAGAGGUGCCAUGCCUGCUGGGCAUCUCGGCCGAGGCGCUGGUGCUGGUGGCGCCGCGCGACGGCCGUGUAGUCUUCAACUGCGCCUGUCGCGACGUGCUGGCCUGGACCUUCUCCGAGCAGCAGCUCGACCUGUACCAUGGCCGCGGGGAGGCGAUCAUGCUGCGGUUCGACGGGCCCCCCGGCCAAGCCGUUGGCGAGGUCGUGACGCGCCUGCAGCUGGUGAGCCGCGGCUGCGAGACCCGCGAGCUGGCGCUGCCCCGCGACGGCCAAGGCCGCCUGGGCUUCGAGGUGGACGCCGAGGGCUUCGUCACGCACGUGGAGCGCUUCACGUUCGCGGAGACGACGGGGCUGCGGCCCGGGGCGCGCCUGCUGCGCGUGUGCGGCCAGACGCUGCCCAGUCUCGGCCCCGAGGCCGCUGCCCAGCUGCUGCGCUCGGCGCCCAAGGUCUGCGUCACCGUCCUGACCCCCGACGAGAGCGGCCGGCCCCGCAGGAGCUUUUCGGAGCUGUACAUGCUGUCUCUGCAGGAGCCCAGCCGGCGGGGGGCUCCCGAGCCAGUGCAGGAUGAGGCCCCAGCAGUGGCCCUACUGGCCACCACGAAGCAGCUGCUGCAAGUGUGCCUGAACGAUGGCAGUGGUCCUCCAGGGCCCGGGGACCUGGCCGAGGAGAGAACCGAGUUCCUGCACAGCCAGAACCCUCCAUCACCCUGCAGCUCCCUGUCCGACGAGGCCCCAGUCCUGCCCAACACCACCCCGGACCUCCUCCUUGCCACCACAGCCAAGCCGGCAGCACCCAGUGCUGGCAGGGAGACACCCCCCACCCAGGACGGGCCAGGCAGCCCCAGUGGCUGUGAGGACAGGGGUGACCCAGCCCCGGAACUGAGGGCCUCUUUCUUGCCACGAACCUUGUCUCUGAGGAACUCCAUCAGCAAAAUCAUGUCAGAGGCGGGCAGCGAGACCCUGGAAGAUGAGUGGCAGUCCAUCUCAGAGAUCGCCUCCACCUGCAACACCAUCCUGGAGUCGCUCUCCCGGGAGGGGCCACCCAUCCCAGAGAGCAGAGAUGCCAAGGGAACUCCAAAAUCUGACUCUGAGCCAGAACCCGGGAGCCUGUCUGAGAAGGUCUCUCACCUGGAGUCCAUGCUCAGGAAGCUGCAGGAUGACCUGCAGAAGGAGAAGGCAGACAGGGCGGCCCUGGAGGAGGAGGUGCGGAGCCUGCGACACAACAACCGGCGGCUGCAGGCCGAGUCCGAGAGCGCGGCCACCCGCCUGCUCCUGGCCUCCAAGCAGCUGGGCUCCCCCACCAGCGACCUGGCCUGAAGCUGUCAGGUCCAGCCUCAGCCUGGCUGCGGACCUGCUGGAACUGCCCGGUCGCUCGCUCGGGGCACCUGGGCCAUACCAGGCCCUGGGCCCUCCUCAGGGACUAUCCCUGCGCGAGGCGCAUCUUAGCACUGCCCCCGCUCCCCGGCCCAUUAUUUGGUGGCAUUUUGGUGGCGAAGUUGCCCCUCUACCCCAUCCCCGUUUGUAAAUAUUCUGUGGAGAAAAGGGGACUUCAGGGAAUAAAGAAGCCACCGUUAUUUGUGUCCA